CAUUUUAGUUUAUCUCUCUGGGGUUGUUUUUUUGGUUGUUUUUCAAUUCUGUUUUCUUUCGUUUUUCUUUUGCCUUUUUUGUGUACAUUAUUAUGCAAUUUAAGCUCUUACUCCUGGCGUAAUUUGAUUCACUUCGGACUGUCUGCCAGCUUUCAAGCGUCUGUCAGAGAUUCUUCACCCUUGUUCUGUUUCCUCGAUCUUCCACUCCAUUUUGAAAACUUUGAGCUCACAAUGGGCAAAGUUAUUUUCAUUAUCUUCGUCCAAGCCCUGGUCCUUCAAACUGCCGCCUCAGCUUCAUCUUCGUCGAUAUCAGGAUCUACCCACGCCACCACCCCAAAGCCAUAUAGAACCGUCUGCUACCCUCCGCUUGGCUGUUUCAGCAACCGGCCUCCUUUUCACAACGCCGGCGGGUCAGUGCCCGCAUCCCCCGAGAGUCUAAACGUUGGCUUGAGACUGUACACCAGAGCGAAUAGAGCUAGCUAUGAGAGUCUGGACUACAAAACGACCAACAGUCGGCGGUUUAGCAAUCAGCGAGACACCAAGAUUAUCGUUCACGGAUUUGCCAACAGCGGCGAUACUGAAUGGGUGGUCAAGAUGAAGGAUGCUCUACUUUCAGAGGGAGAUUACAACGUGAUUGUGGUAGACUGGCACUCCGGCGCUGGGUUCCCCUUCUACGAGCACGCCACGGCCAAUAUACGGGUGGUCGCCGCGGAGAUCAAAGUGCUCCUGGAAGGCUAUGAGCGCAAAGGUCUGAACUUGACCACUGUCCACUUCAUUGGUCACUCCCUAGGGGCCCAUCUGUCAGGGAAUGCUGGAUCCAUGUUGGGCUCCAGGAUUGGAAGGAUUUCAGGUCUCGACCCAGCAGGACCCAACUUCGAGAACACUCCCGACGUGGUUCGUCUAGACAAAGGAGACGCCCAAUUUGUGGACGCCCUUCAUACAAACGGGGCGUACCUGUCUCUGAUCUCUGGAGGCUUCGGCAUACACAAGUCCGUGGGUCUUGUCGACUUCUUCGUCAAUGGCGGACAGCAUCAACCGGGAUGUCGAGAUAGUGUAAUAGGAAAGAAAAGAUUCUUGAGCAGCCUUGGGCACCAAGUGUCCUGCAGUCACGGAAGAGUCCACGAGAUUUACAUCGAGUCGAUCAAAUCAAGGUGUUCCUUUUUGUCGUACCCUUGCAAAAGCUACGAGGAAUUCCAGAAAGGCAACUGCUUGACGUGUAGCAACGGCGGCUGCAGCUCCGCGGGCUAUUUCGCCAACAAACACCCAAGCACCGGCGGCAAGUACCUGAUGACCAACGACCACGCCCCUUUCUGCGGGAACCACUUCGACGUCUACGUCAAAGGUCACGAGGACGCGCCCUCUAGGACAGACGGCACCAUCUACGUGGCUCUGGUGGGGACGCAAGGGGAGACAAACUAUACCAGAGUGACCAUCAAAAACAGAUAUCUUAACGGCUCAAUCGUCACAGACAAUCUAGUGCUCUUCAACAAAGACGUCGGGGAGGUACAAUCUAUACGUGUGAAAUACGUCAAGGACCCUGGCUUCUUCGCGCAUGGAAAAAACAACCAUGUCAUUUCUGCCGUCCACCUGAAGUCCGGCAUAAACUCAAAAAGUUACACCACUUGUGUAUCCAGAUUUGAGCUGCAGACUGGCGUGGCCAGAACUAUCCCAGUCCGACUCGUGAGCAGAAGCAGAAGCGCCAACUGUGAAGUUCCCGCCUACUUUGGUUAACCAUCACCUCUAUCUGUUCCUGUCGUGUUAUGCAAGAAAAAUUCUGGAAUUAUGCAAACUGCGCCCCAAAAAAGUGAAAUUAUGCGAUUCUGUUA